AUGAAAAGAUCAUACAACACUGUUGACUGUCUUCCAGGAGACUUUGACAAUAGCGAUACGGAAAAGACGUUGUGUAAUGUCUGUGUCAAUGGAGUGUUAACUAUGUGUUAUGGCGUUGAUGGUGUUCCAGCUUAUGUGGAUUUCACAAAAGAGACUGCUGAUCAGAGCACUGAUAUAGAGCCAAGCAAAACCCCCGAAGAAAGCAAAACUCUAGAGCAAAGCAAAACUCCUGAAGAAAAUAAAAGUGAAGGAAGCACUACUACCUCAGAGAAUGGAGAUCAAAAUAAUAAUAACAAUGGAGAAGAUAACGCUUUCAAAACUCUUGUCUUAUUAGUCUUUAUCAUUGCUACUAUGUUUUAA